CGCGCCUUGGGGUUACGAAGGGCGGAGCGGCAACAUGGCGGCGCCAGGAGCUGGUGAUUCUCUCGAUGCUAAGAGUGGAAAGGCCCCCGUGGCUCAGCGCAUCGACCCAACUCGAGAGAAGCUGACUCCCGCGCAGCUGCAGUUCAUGCGGCAGGUGCAGCUCGCCCAGUGGCAGAAGACUCUACCGCAGCGGCGGACCCGGAACAUCGUGACCGGCCUGGGCAUCGGGGCCCUGGUGUUAGCUAUUUAUGGUUACACCUUCUACUCCGUGUCCCAGGAGCGUUUCCUAGAUGAGCUGGAGGACGAGGCCAAAGCUGCCCGAGCCCGAGCCAUGGAGAGGGCAUCGGGACCCUGAACCAGAUGGGCACUAUGCAUCUCCAACCUGCUGGAGCCCCUUCACGUGGUGGAUGAUGCCCCAUGACCCUGUGGAAAUCAAAGCCUGCACACAGCAUUGCUGGCCUCAACCUUGGACGAUGAAUGAGCCCAAGAAGCCAGGGAUUUAUUGCGUUUGGCCUGGUCAAGGGAAUAUUGGCCACUUCAUGCUCACUGUGUCCAGUCACUGAGCCCUUCUUAUAGUAUGUUUCCUUAUUUGAGAGUUGUACAACCUUGACCUUGGCUUUUAUCCGUCUUUCUAACUUUGUGGUUUACCUUCUCCACCUCCCAGGGGCUUAGCUGUUAUAGGGGUGGGGUGGCAACUCUGUGUGGUGUUGGAACCUAAAGUGGAAAAGAUGGGGUUAGGUUGAGAAUAAUAAACUGAGUCACCUCUCUUGGAGCCAAGAUGCGUGUGUUGAGGCUGAGGGAUGGCAUGACCAUGCUGGAAAGCUCCACAAGCAGUAGCUGCAGCAGUGGCAUUGCCCCAGGGAGCUGUAAAUGUUUAACUAGAAUUACUUUUUUCCAUGAGAUGUUUCCAUCUGAUUUAAGGGAGAGAUCAUGGUAGGUCACUGGGCUGUGUGAGACCAGACUAUGUCUCCAGGGAGGGAAGGUCACUCUUUUGUCCUCUACCCUUAAAAACAAUACACCCCUACUCCCAACUUUCCUGCCUUUACCCAUUCUGAGAGGUGUAGAUGAAAGAUGAGGGAAUUAAAAUUCUUUUAAUUUC